CACUCCAGCCGGGUCAGACCUCUCUGCUUCCGGGGGGGUUCCCCCUCACUAACACGCUGCCCCGGAGGAGGCGCUGUGGACCCGAUUCACCAUAGAAGAAGAUCGCACCCCCCCCCGGCAGAUGAUCGACCUGAUGGAAGUGACAUCAUCAAACAGGAAGUGCUCUGCAGUCACAGGAAGUGCCAGGAAGGUCAGAGAUAACGCUGCUGACUGGCACAACCUGAUGCUGCGGUGGGAUAGACUGACCGAGGAGGGCGUCGACGUGGCAACCAGCAUCGUCAACACCAAGAGGUCUCAAAGCGAGUCACUGCUGGUUCCUGAGGCUUCCUCGUCAUCUUUUUCCUCGCCAUCUUCCUCCUCAUCUUCCUCUUCGACCCAACCGGCGCCAGGAGCUGCAGAGCUGCAGGAGCGGUGUCUCAGACUGCUGGACAUUGUGGAGAAAAUGACUGCCAUCGUGGCCAAGAUGGAGCGUUUGGCAGCAUCGCAGGAGGCCCUUCGGGAGCUGGAGGAGUUCCGCUCUGGCUCUGCAGGAGGGGCAGCGCCGCUGUUCCACAGCUGGUCCGCCAAACAAUUCGAGGACACCUCGCAGCUCCUGCUCUCUGCUUUCACCGAGGAGCUGAAGCUGAAGCAGGUCAUCGUGCAGGAGCUGGCCCACACCGCCUCCUUCGACCUCUCCAUGGUCUACCUGUCCUGCUGGCUCCACCAGCCCAACAUACCCCCCCAGAGCCGGCUCACGCUGGAGGCUCUGCUGCUGGAGACCGGGCACCGCACACUGUGAAACGUACUGGUGUCAGAGCCUCCACUUUUGUCUGCAAAGAUUAAAAUGAAUGAACCUGG